UAUUUCCCCUGCUGCAGGAGAGAACCCGCCCGCCCGCACGAUGCUGCAGUUUCUGCUUGGUUUUGCUUUCGGCAAUGUGGUUGGGAUGUAUCUGGCUCAGAAUUAUGAUAUUCCUGACCUUGCAAAGAAACUUGAAGGUAUUAAAAGAGAUGUGGAAGCUAAGAAGAAACCUCCCAGUGACAAAUCAUAAACCACUGAUGUUGCCUGGAUUAUCUCCACACAAACUUUAAGGAUGGAAUUCCCCUUCAAGCUGCAACAUCAAAGUAGAAGUGUGGCUUUUGAGGAUUUCCUCCACUUUCAGUCUUCCAGAAUCUAGCAGUCCGGAGCUGAAGCACAGUCAUGAAUGUGUGGUGAGACCGAACAUCCAGAGUUUCAGGACAUCUGAUUCUGAGCUGAAGAGUUUGGAUUUCAUGCUGUUACCUAAUAUUUUAUUAUGAAUUUUUAUAUGGCUCAGAUGGAGACCACUGCAUAUCCUGCCUGAUGCUUUAUAGUGUUAAUACUUAAAAUGCCUCAAAAGAAAUUAAAACAAAUGUAUCUGGA